UUCCAAAAGUUUGCGUAUACAUCUACUUCGACAAGGCCUCCUUCUUCCAAUUCCAAACAAAGCAUUCCCCAGUAAUCUCUCUCUCUCUCUCUCUCUCUCUCUCUCUCAUGCAGUCGUCGUUAUCUUCAUUGAAACUCCUUCAGUUCUGAGCUGAGCCGCCAACAACUGAUAUCCAUUACGUGCAUAUAGGUUUCGAGGAGUUUGCUUCUGCAACAACUAGUUCGAUGGCGAGUAGAGAGUCGUCGGAGUAUCUCUUGGAGGAUUGUGAAUACGACGUCGCCUCAGACGCCGCCUGCAGCAGCAUCGAAGACGACGACGAUGAUCAUCGCGUGUCCCUCUCCUCCUCUGCCGUCUCGCAGCAGUGGCCUCAGAGCUUCAGAGAAGCAGUUGAUAUAUAUUCCAUAUCUGCAUCACCAAGCUUCGGACUACUUCGCCCUCGGACAUCAGCACCAGGAAUCAGCAGCACCCAAAACUUGUUGGAAUCAAAUGGCAAAAUCCCCUUUGUUGCUGAUUACAAGAAAGUGGAUGAGCUUCCUAGAUCAAGAGCACACUCGAUUCUCUCUGACAAGCAGGCCACAGCCGAAGCCCCUCCCAGCCACGGAUGCAGCCUACUUCAAACCAUAUUCAAUGGUAUGAAUGUGAUGGCCGGUGUCGGACUGCUUUCCACGCCUUACACUGUUAAAGUAGCGGGCUGGGCCAGCCUGGCCGUGCUACUUCUCUUUGCAUUCAUCUGUUGCUACACAGCCAUUCUCAUGAAGCAUUGCUUCGAGAGUGCUCAAGGCAUACUCACGUUUCCUGAUAUGGGAGAGGCCGCCUUUGGGAAAUGGGGUCGCGUCUUUAUAUCUAUUAUACUGUACUCGGAGCUAUAUAUGUCUUGCACAGACUACUUAAUCUUGGAAGGGGAUAAUCUGUCGACAAUAUUCUCUGGAGUGUCGUUGAACAUAUUUGGCUUCAAGAUUGACACAAUGCAUCUGUUUGCAACCGUAGCUGUUCUAGUGGUCUUCCCCACUCUUCUGCUGAAAGAUCUCCGGUUUCUUUCUUACCUUUCAGCCAGUGGAGUCGUUGCAACGAUAGUUGUAGUUCUGUGCUUGCUAUUUGUUGGCACAGCAGAGGGAGUUGGAUUUCAUCACAGUGGCAAAGUGCUGGAUUUGAGUGGCAUCCCUUUCUCCAUUGGUGUCUACGGCUUCUGCUACUCGGGCCACUCCGUUUUCCCCAAUAUUUACCAGUCAAUGGCUGAUAAAACCAAAUUCAAGAAAGCAGUUAUAAUGAGUUUCAUUCUAUGCGUUGCGGUUUAUGGUAGCGCUGCAGUGAUGGGAUUUCUCAUGUUUGGCCAAAACACAAACGCGCAGAUCACUUUGAAUCUACCACAGCACAAAUUUAGCUCCCAAAUAGCAUUGUGGACAACGGUAAGCACAGAAUCAAAUAAAAUUGCGUUGACAAUGAAUCCACUGGCUAGAGGCAUUGAGGAGCUGCUGCCAUCAAGUAUCUCCAACACUUACUUGUGCUUCCUCCUUAUACGAACAUCGCUCAUCUUGUCGUCUCUUCUAGUCGCCUUCCUCAUCCCCUUCUUCGGCACCGUGAUGUCUCUCAUAGGCUCCCUCUUUAGUGUUCUUAUGGCUAUGGUGAUGCCAGCUCUAUGCUUCUUGAAAAUCCUUGGGAGGAAGAGUGCCACCAAAAUGCAGAUCAUGCUGAGCAGCUGCAUUGUGGCACUAGGCCUCGUGUGUGGGGUUAUCGGGACAUACAACGCGUUUUUAGACCUUGCAAACAAGUACUGAUCAAAUGAUUUCUCACACAAACUUGCUUUUCAACUUGUAAUAUUUUGCAACCUUCAAUCCUUCAUGCCUAUAAUUUGAUUCUUCAUUCUCUCUCAUUUGUUUUCUUUUUAUCAAAAUUAAUGUAAUUUUUGUGGCAAAAGUUUGAUCCACAUGCUAC